AUGUUCUCUACCAACAGCUCCCCCAGCUCCAAACCAGGACAGAGCAAUGAGUCGUGUGGAGACCAGUCCAUGAUCAUAAGGGAUGACUUCAAACCCCAAGCGUUCUCUCCUACACCCCACACAACUGCAGCUACAAUACACAGUGAACUUUCUGCAGACAAAGACUACAAAUUAAGAACACCCCAUGAUCCAAUUGAGGAGCAACGGGAUUUCGCUCAAAACAUUCAGGCCGAGUUGGAGUGUGAAUUAAAGUCUCAGUGGCUCCAAGAUGCAGUUUCAUCAAAGGUUAAAAGUGAAUUGAGAAACUACAACAAAGCUCUCAGUUCAGGGUCUUGUCAAAUCCAAAUGAAUGAGGGCCAGCUAUUACAUGAUUCUAUCCGGAAUUUAACAACACAUGUCUUGAGAGAGAAGAGUGAGCGGUUGGCUGACUAUUUCAAGAAGGUGUUCUCUGACUCUACCGAGGAGGUGCUUCUGCGGCUGCUGCCAGUGGUCAGAGUCAGCACUAAGGCUAUAGUCAAUGCAAGUCCAAUGACAGAGAGAAGUUGUACCUCUCUGUCCUCCGUCCUGUUUUGCCCAUCAAGCUGUUUACAAGAACUAGACCUCAGUAACAAUGUUCUGACAGAUCCAAUGGUGGAGUUACUGUUUCAAGGACUGAACACUUCACCCUGUACUCUGGAAAUUCUUUGUCUACGCAACUGCAGUUUGUCUACGAGGAGCUGUGAAGUCCUUGCCCCUGUUCUGACGUCUCCAUCUUUGAGCUUAGUAGAGCUGGACCUCACAAACAAUGAUCUGAUGGAUUCUGGAGUUGGCCUGCUCAGUGAAGAGCUGAGGAAACCACAAUGCCAUCUGGAAAAACUCAUAUUAUCUGGAUGUAUGUUGACAGAAAAAAGCAGUUCUAUUUUAGCCACUGUUAUGGACUUCAACCCACAACAUUUGAAAUUUUUAGAUUUAAGCUUCAACAAUCUUUCUGAAACUGGAGAAAAACUAUUGACCAUGAGAAUUGAGGAUCCAGCAAACAGACUGGAAAAACUCAUAAUGGAGCCUGGUGGAGAAAUAUAUCUAAAGCCAGGGCUAAAGAAAUAUUCAUGUCAACUCCUCCUGGACCCAACCACAGUUAACAAAAUGCUGAAGAUAUCGGAUAACCAGAAAAGCGUCAUCCGAAAAGUAGCCGUGUAUCUGGACUGUCUUGAAGGAUGUGUGACGUUUUACAAAGUCUCUGGAGAGGAGCUAGUCCUGCUUCACACAUUCAAUACCAUGUUCAAUGAACCACUAUUUAUGGGCAUCGGACUGUGGUCCCCCCUGUCCUCCUCCACGUUAUGUGACUAG